ACCAGGUUCGACGUCACGUCCAGCCUGGCGAUCGCGCAGCAGUCUCUCUCGAGCCUCAGCUCGACGAUGGGGGGGCACUGCGCGAGCAUCGACAAAGCGGUCGAGAAGCGGACGUGCAAGGUGGAACACAGGGUGGACCUCCACGACACGAGGGUCACCAAGCUCGAGGCGGAGCUGCAGGAGUUGCGGGGCCUCCUCGGGCCCACGCGGUGCGAAGAGGUGCCGCGCCCGCCGGUGGGCGCGGGCGGCUUCGUCGACAGGGAUAUCGACCCGACGAUGCUUGUGGUGCGUGUUCAAGGACAAGUACCUCGCGAGCAUGUCGCCAAGGCGGCGGGGCCGCCGCUUGCCGACUUCAACAUGGCCCCAGCGGACUACUCCGUGGAGGGCGAGCCUGCGGACAAGCUCUUCCGGGUGGUGGUCAAGGGCCAGAAGGCCUACUCAUUGAGGCGCGCGUGUCAGGCCGCGGGCGUUCUCAGGCUUCGUGGCCGAGGAGCGGGCUGGAGGAGGAUCGCGACUCCAUCGCCGAUGGGCGGAGCCGACGUGGAGUUGUCGACCAGCGCGGACAAGGGCCCGCAGAUGGUGGCGAAGGAGCUGGGCUCGGGCUGGAACGAGUUGGUCAGCUUUGACCCUGCCCCUGGAUCCCAGCCUCCGAAGAUCCACUUCAGCGUCAAGAGCGUGGAUGCCCCGGGC